CCCUCGUUAUUGAAGUUUUUAACGUUAAUAGUCAGCUUUACUAUAUUAAAAAUUGUCUGAAUAAUGACAUUGAAAGAUAACUAAAAUCUAAGAUGAAUUUCGAGACGUACUGAACACACAUGAAAAAUGAAGUUGUUUCUGCUGCUGUAUUUAUUUGGUGCAACCGUCGUGAAAAUAGACAGCAAAGGAGGAGGAGAUACAACUGGAACAGCAUCUAGUUCUGGCAUUACCGUUUCAAUUAAUGGCACUGUCACGCGAGAAAGGGAUGUCUUUUUAAAAUGCACCUUUGAUAUUGUUGCAAGGUCCAUAUUCUGGGAGAGAAACGGGAAAAUGGUUGCUUUAAAAAUUAAAGAUGUGGAUGGAGUUGAUAUUAGCAACGAAAAGUUUAUAGGUAUGCAAACAUCACCAUACACCUAUUACUUAAAGAUUGUUUACUUUCGUGAAUCAGACGCUGGAACUUAUCGUUGCAGUGCAGCGUCAGGAAGUGUCACUAAGUUUGCUGAAUUGGUUGUAAAAGCUGAUCCAAUAUCAGUUGACAUAAAAGUGCAAGACAACACACGUAUGGAGUGUGGUGAGAAGUCCAACAAUGGAUAUGUGUCGUGGUUUAGAGACGACAUACUUCUGUUUUUUAAUGGCACAGUUUUCAGUGAAUAUGGCGUAGAUACGACAUUUUUUGACACUUACCACAAUGCAAUGCUGAUCAAUGUGAGUGUUGAAAAUUCGGGUUUCUAUACUUGCAGAAAAGCUGGUUAUAAAGUUAUAUCAUAUCGGAUAACAGUGACCGAUCCAAACGCUGUUGUUCCACCAACAGAUAAACCAACAUUAUCAGGUACUGCAGGUUAUGUGUUUGGGUUUGGACUUGGUGUUGUCAUCCUUUUCUCCAUCUUUGUUAUCAUAAUCAUGCAGAAUCGAAUGACGUCAACAUUGCUGUCAUUUCGACAGGAAAAGCUGUAGCAAGUAUUACGUCAUGGAUGUUAUAGAUUUAAAUGAUAUCCUGAUGUUGAAUUGGUUUUAAGUUCUUAUGUUAAUGUGAAUUGUUUUUAUCACUAAUGGUUAACAAAGGUAGUACCAUUUUUAAUGAACGAAAUAGUUUUACAGAAAGACUUUAUCGCAACAGCUCUAAAACUAUUAACAAAUAUAUGACACAGUUCUUACCUCAAGAACUUAAAGAAAGUUAGAAAAUUAUUGCUUAAUUAAAAUAAACACUUAGAACUGGUCACGUGUUUUCCACCAUAUUUUCCACUGCUCAAUGUUUGACUUUCGAACAGCACAACAACAUCCUGGUGUAUUAUUGUACUUUACGAAAUCUCCAAGAAGUCAAAUGAGUCGCCCUAUAGCUAACAUUGAGGGCGAAUUAAGUAGGUUUUUUAAGCUAGGUUAGUUUUUAUGUAUAAUUUCUAUAAAGUUUUAAUGAAGUAGAAGGCGCAUAUUACAUGUAUGCGUAUACAAA